AUGUUAAAAGCAAAAAUGAUAGAAAAUGAAAAAGAUUUUGAAUGUUAACAAAAACAUAACUAACCAAUUCUUUUGGUUGUGCUUGAUCCAAAACUAGACAAGAAACAAAGACUUUUGUGCAAUAAAUGCAUGGAAAACUUCGAAUCAGAUGCUAAAACUAUAGGAUUUUAAAAAUUAAUCAAUAUUAUUGAAAAUAUUAUUGAUGAAAAUAUGAAAAAUUUACAAAAUAUUACUUAGAAAACAGUUCAACAAUUAUCAAUUUGUAUCGAAAAUAUAUAAGAAUUAAAGACAUAAUUGAUGAAAUUAUUUGAUUCUAUGAUGAACAUAGCUCAAGAUUGGACUCAAAAUCUAUUGGCAUAAAGUUAAUAAUUCAAUAAAUAUAGUUUAUAUGAAGAAUUAGAUUCCUUUAUUAAGAAUUAGAAUAUUAAUUAUAUAUCUAAUAUGACUCUUAUCAAUAAUAUUAAUAAAUCUUGGAAGACUAAACUAUAUAAUAACUUAAAUUAAUAUAUUCAACAUAAUGAUAAACUUAACUUUAAAUAGAUAGAGGAAAAAUUUAUUAACAUUGAUUGUUCAAGUUUGUCAGAAAUCAAAUUAAAGUUAAUUGAUUAAUCUGUUAAAUAAAAUUCGAGAUGUUAUGCAAUAGUUUUUGAUUCCACUGGGUCUAUUAUGGUAUCAAUAGAAGAUAAUGAUAUUAAAGUAUGGAGCUUUUUAAAUGGAACAAUUAAAUUGAUUAAAAAAUUGUAAAAACAUACUAAUUUGGUUUUAUGUUUAGUUUUUAGUAAGAAAUAGAAUUUCUUUAUUUCAGGUGCAUCGGACAAUACAAUAAGAUGCUGGAAAUAAUUGGAUUAAACUGAUUGGAGUAGUUCAUAACCUUACUAAUAACAUACAAAUACUGUAAGAUAUAUUAUAUUAAAUUCAAAUGAGGAUCUACUAUUUUCUGGAAGUGGAGAUGAAUCAAUUAAAGUAUGGAAGGUUGAUUUUAAUAAAAAUAUAUUGACAU